AUGGCGACUGCGGAUAUCUAUGAGAGUCGUCAAGGAGAGUAUCGAGCAGGCACCAUCUCGAUGACUGUUCUGGGUGUGGUUUUUGUCAUUCUGCGGUUUUUGGCUCGUUGGAAGAAAGGCCUGCGGAUUGGUGCUGAUGACUAUGUGAUACUGCUUUCGUUGGUAAGUGCCAUCCUCGUCUCUCUUUUGGAAAAGCCUUACCUGACUGGAGGGCCUUCCGCGAUUGAUUUCAGUACUUCCUGUUCGCGACCUGUGGAAUUAAUCUGGCGACCGGUGCAUUUGAUUCACUUUGGCAUGGGCCGACACGCCGAUGUAUUGCCAGAAGGAAAUAUCGUGAUAAUUGCCAAGCUCCUGAUGUCUUUCGAAUGCGUAUACUGCAUGACAGUGGGAAUCGUCAAGAUCUCCAUCUUGCUCAUGUAUGCUCGUAUCUUCCCCACGAGAGGCUUUCGCAUUACCGCAAUAAUCCUGGGCAGCAUCGUCAUCGGAUGGGUUGUCGCAAUCAUCUGCGUGAGCGUGUUUCAGUGCACCCCGAUUGCAAAGGCUUGGAACCCUACCCUGUCGGGUGCUUGCAUCAACCUCAAGGGCUCGUUCAUCGGAAACGCAGUGCCGAAUAUCCUAACCGACAUCGCUAUCUUGGCUCUGCCAGUGCACGUUGUCUGGGGGCUGCAUGCGACUGUAACGCAUCGGCUAUCGGUAAUUGCGGUAUUUCUGCUGGGCAGUUUCGUCGUCUUCUCUAGCGCCUACCGCUUCUCCACACUCUUCGAAUUCCAACCCAUCGACACCCCCUGGACCCUCGCCAAGGCUUGCACCUGGUGUCUCAUUGAGUGCUCCAGCGGCAUCAUCUCGGCCUGCAUGCCCACCCUGCGUCCCUUGUUCGUCAUGCUCUCCUCGAAAUUCGCGAGCUCGAUCGGCGCCCGCACACAAACGACUGGCGUACGUGGUUCCGGCCUGAAGAGCUAUGACGUGAGUAAUUUGGCCUUGCGUCCACCGGGCGAAGUCAUGGGCAAACAGAGUGUGCAGUUGGAGGUCAGCCAGCCGGACGAUGCGUCGGGGGAUGAGUGCAACGCGACAUGA